GCGUUUUUUCGUCCUUGUGGAAGUUGAGGAAGUGAAGUGUCAGGCAGAACAGUCGGGUUGCUAAACACAGAGCAUCCCGGCGAUUGAUUAUUCAAACUAAGCUGAUUUGAUUUCGCUAUAAAAUAAGAAAUGGCAUAUCAGUUGUAUCGGAAUACGACCCUCGGAAACAGCCUACAAGAGAGUCUGGACGAACUUAUACAGACUCAGCAGAUUACCCCACAGUUAGCCCUACAAGUACUUCUGCAGUUUGACAAAGCCAUCAACACUGCACUGGCCAACCGAGUUCGCAACAGAGUUAACUUUAAGGGAUCACUGAACACGUAUAGAUUUUGUGACAAUGUGUGGACAUUUGUUUUAAAUGAUGUGGAGUUCCGUGAAGUAACUGACCUGGUGAAGGUGGAUAAGAUGAAGAUUGUAGCCUGCGAUGGGAAAAACACUGGUUCCAAUCCAGCGGAGUGACAGGGUGGUCAGAGGCAGAAGGCAGGACCUAGGUGCAGAAGCAGAGUGCCAUGCUGACUGAGGAAGACUAGGGUGAAGGCCAGUCACACAGGGAGGACUGUGUACAUAUUAUUUAUUACAGGCGACAGCUCUCUAUCCUUCAUGUACCAACCAGCUCAGCACAAGGCUGCACAAGAUAAGGCCUUAAAAAUGAUGAUUUUUUUUUUAUGGAUAUAUGUAUCAUUUUUGUAGAAAUGCCUUUUGUUUUGUUUUCUGUUUCAGUUUAUAACAAUUGAGCUUGAAUCAUUUAAUAAAGCUGUUUUAAAAUA